CCGGAUUCCGGAACUGGCCCGAGUGUAUGUUGCUAUAUGGGUAAGUGCUGUUUUCAAUCUGAUUAUUGAAAUAGCGGUGGUGGGAUGGUGGGAGGAGAGCAGCGUUUUUCCACAGUUGUAAAACACUCAAAAUGAAACUGAGAAAACUGUUUUCAUCAAGAAGACAAGAGAGGGCAAUUUACAUAGCCUACAUCUGGAGGAGAUCAUCCUUCUCAGUCUCCUGCCGCUGGUGCUGUUGGUGGUCAGUCUGAGCAGCGCGGACAUGUAGACAUAACAGCAGGCAGAAUGAUUGUCUUCGUCUUGCUGAUAUUCGGUGGCGAUGCUUUUCUUCAGUGGAUUUGGGAUUUGGUGUGUGAGGAGGGUCGUGCGCUUCUCAUGUCUCCUCACUGGAGUGUGUUUGCGGCUUUCAGCGCUCACCUCAUCUUCUCGGUGCCCUUCUUACUUCUGGAUGUGUUCAGUCCACACGUGGGAUGGAUUCAUAAGUACAGGAUUCGCCGCCAACUCGUUGGCUUGAAUGAGUGGUUUCGAUGUGCUUCUCGAAUCUUAUGGAAAUACGUGGUUGGCGUUUUGCCGUUGACUGCGUUGCUUCUGUCGUUACGGCGGACGCAUCUCCCGGAGAAAGCACCGUCUAUGCUUCAAUCCUUCAGAGAAUGCAUCUCCUGUAUGCUUGUGUUUGAUACGCUCUUCUUCAUGUUUCAUUACACCAUCCACAAAAUUCCCUGGUUUUACCACAACAUCCACAGUGCUCACCAUAUGAACAGGGAAACGUUUGCUCUGGCAGCUCAGGACUCCAGUAUUGGUGAACUUCUGUCUUUACAAUCUCUUGCAUUUCUCAGUGCGAUGCUGGUGCGCUGCCACCCCCUCAGCGAAAUCCUCUUCCAUCUCCUGAACACCUGGAUGGCAGUGGAGGAUCACUGCGGAUACGACUUCCCCUGGGCACUGCAUCGGCUGCUGCCAUGUUUCAGUGGAGCGCCGCACCAUUCAGCCCACCAUCAGCACUUUAGAGGGAACUUCGCCCCUUAUUUCAGACACUGGGAUUACAUCUUUGGUACAUCAUUGCCUACAGCAGUUGAAAAAAGAAACCUGUGAUAAGAUGAAUCCAGGCUACAUGAGUCCUUUUGAGACUGAGAUUGUGAAGAAUGUCUUCUUUUUACUGUUAUGACAGUUUUUUAAAAGAUUAGGCAAUUUUUUUUGCAUGUUGCACUGGAGUUUUUUUGAAUACUCAUGUGUUUUUAGCUGUUUAGCAAGUACAUAGCAUACUUUGAGCGCUUGUUUUUCAAACGCUUUUACUUAAUCCAUAUAUUUUUGUCAAUCCAUAUAUUUUUUCUUCAAAUUUGGAUUCGCAUUGACUUUUCAGCAGUGAGUCGUAAGAGGGUGUUAGGGGUCCGUGGAAAUAUAUAAGGAAAAAGCAUUUAACAAUCAUAAAAAUAAAUACAUAUUUUUAUUUAUUUAUCAAUAGAAAGAACAAUGGAAGGAAAUGUUUUAAGGUUAAAAUAAUAAUAAAAAAUCUUAUUUUGAAUAAAACAAAUGAACUGAAAUUUCUUUAAAGUAACAUAAAAACUUGAUUAAUGUGAAUAAGAAAAUCUGAUCAAAUUUAAAUAAGAAAAUAAAUAAGUACUGUUGUGAGUGAAAACAGUUUUAAAAUGUAAAAGCUAUAGAAAAUACAUUUCAGCCCCAUUUAAAACAUUCAUUUUGACACUAUGAAUGGAAUCUUUAUACAAGAAGUGUUUAGAUUUUAGGGAUAACACAAGUGUGAUACUGUUUGGGAAUUUAAAAGAUUCUAAAGGUUUUAGCCCCUGAUGUAAAUCACAAAAAAUGUGAUAAGAACAGUAAACCUUUAACAGUAUUAACACCUCUGGCCCACUUACAAAUAUUUUAUAAAUAUUCGAAUUUCAAAUGUUUAAAAUGCUUUCAAUUUUUAAAGCAAUAUAUAAUUUUAAACUGUAAAGUUGUGCCCUGUGCAGUUGCUUUUAACCGUAAAAUCAGUAGGUCAAAUUGACCCAAGAAUCUUAAAAAAUGCCCUAAAAAUGAAUUUGCUACAUUCCAUUUUGCAGGACAUCGAUGUCAAAUUUUAUAUUCAUUAUCAAAUGAUUUAUAGACGUCUCAAAUUAUUAUAGUCAUUAAUGUAAAGUGACAACUCCAAAAUCAAAUGGACUAAACUGACACAGAACAUAAGAGUAAAAUAAAUUUGCCAAAGCUGGUGAAUUGUACUUUUACAUUUUGUUUUUAAAAGGUAAUUAUGGAAAGUAAAACAAUGUUCUGCUUACUUGAGUGCAUUAUAGUGUAUUUCCAAUGGAAACUUUUUACAUAGAUAAUUCAAAUAUACUGCAUAUUCAUAUAUACUGUACUAAAUCACUGCAAACAUCUGAGUUGGGUAAGUUUAUGUUGUUUUCUUUGCUUCCUAAAGCUGCAUUUUAAUACCUGAUCAAAGAACAUAGUCAGUCAUAUUAUUGUGAAAUAUGAGCUUUUUGUCCUGAAAAUAUUUUUUGUAAUGGAAAACUUAAAAUAAAGUGUCACAUGAU